AUGCCAAUCCCACCUCGACCCAUCCCAGUCCAUCACCCCCGCCACCCCCACCACGCCCGCCAAACGAAACCUAAACCAGGUUCUUCUGUCCCUCGUAAAUCAGGUAUAACCUCGUCAUCUCUCGAGUGGAGAGCGGAAAUAGCCUUGCUCAAUGAACUAGGUCCGAGGUCUGUUCCUCUACCUCUCCAUUUGAGUGGGAAUGGGAAUGGGAAUAGUAAAGGGGUAAAGAUGAUACACAAGAAAGACAAUGAGAGUGAGAAGGAUACAAAAGAAGGAGAAAUGGAGGGAAGGAGAGAAGUAGGGUUGAAGGAAUUGAUUGACGAUGGACGAGGUAAGAGGGAGAAGAGAGCUACUACAGCUACAACACUUGGAUUCGAUUUUAUACCCAACCCUACCAUCUUGACAUUACCCGAUAUCGAUACCGAUUCUUCUCCCAACAAGAAGAAAUCUUCCUCGUUAUUGACCAUAUCUAAAUCAUCACCCAUCGGACCCUCUUCAUCACCUUUGGAAAAUACACCACUCACACCUGGAUUGUUGCCCCAACCUUCCUCUUCGCCCGAACCCGGACCCGAGCUGGAAGAUGAAGAUCAAGAAGAUGAUUGGGAGUAUAUCCCUUCGUUAUCAUCGCAAAGAAGCGUUGUUGAUAACGACGAUGAUCAUGAUAUCAUUAUCUUAGGGGAAUUGGAACUGGAAGAUGACGGAGAUCUCAGGGGCUGCAAUAGCAAGAUGGGAAAGAAGUAUAAAGACAUUAAGAAGAUUAGUUAUGCUGAUAUUUUGGGUAAUUAG